CCCCAUUUCGAUAAAGAUGGGCAACAACUACGGGGGAAUCGCCGUGGAUGUUCUGAAGUUGGUGGCAAAGCUCAACCAUUACUGUAUUACAUUCAUGGAACCUCGAGACAAUAUGUGGGGCCUGCGGCUGCCCAAUGGCACCUGGAACGGCAUGAUUGGUCAGGUCAACAACUCUGAGGCCGAUAUGAGCGGCACUCUGAUCUUCACGACCGAGUCAAGGGCUGAGGUGGUGGACUUCUCAGCGCCGCUGUACUUCCAGGAGCACCGAAUUUUGUACAGAACUCCGGAGCAAGAGCCGAACAUCGCUGGAUUCCUGCUGCCCUUCACAGGCAUGGUUUGGCUGUUAAUUGCAGUCAUGUUCAUCACCGUCACGGUCAUGGUUGCGAUCCUUUUCUUCUUCUACGAUGUUCAUCAUGGUACUUCGGGAGGAGCCAUCGGAAGCUCGGGAAAAGUCCCGACCCGUGCCGCAACUCGUGAGCCGGGGUGGAGGGCCUCUUAUUUCACCAUCGGGAUGCUCCUCUCGCAGCCUCCUCGCUGGAACCCCAACGGGGCGCUGGUGGUGCUGUUCAUGACGGCGCUGUGGAUGUUCAUUUCGUUCAUCGUGGCCAACGUGUAUCGGUCCAACCUCGUGUCCAUGCUUGUGCUGCCCAAGAUAGAAGUGCCCUUCGAGACGCUCGAUGAGCUCGUCAACCAACACGAGUACAAAAUCGUCAUGCCUGCAGGCGGAGCUUUGCAGCAGAAAGCAAUGGAAGCUCCUCCAAAUUCAGUCUUGGGGAAACUCAUGCGCGGUACAGAGGUCAGCAUAGAUUUUAGCUACUCCUACCAGGCCAUUCUAUUUCGAAAAUACGCUGGCAUUGGCAACGAAAUACAACUCGACGUAUUCCGAGAUUUUCGUUAUAGCCAGAUAGCUCAGUGUCCAUUCACCGUCACCAAGAACGGGUUCGUCACGGGCAUUCAGAUGAGCUACGUCUUCCAAAAAGGAUCUCCACUCAAACCAAAAUUUGAUAAAGUGAUAACCCGUUUGCGGGAGGCCGGACUGCUGGACCACUUCUUGGACCGCGCGCUACCAAACGCUUCGCAUUGCCGCAAAAAAGUCAACAAUUCCAACGAACUGCGCCCGCUCUCCUUCUGGGACGUUGCCGGGAUGCUUUCCCUCUUUCUUGGUGGUAUUGCCGUUUCGACCAUUGCAUUUUUGCUGGAAAUUUUCCUGAAACCGGACGCUGUUCCGGCUCCUCUGCAUCGGCCGGUCCGCGCGAUCGCAAGGUUCCGGCUCCUGGAGAGAACAGCGAAGGUCUUCACGAGGCUCUUGAGGUCUUGCAAACUUCCGCCUGGAGAACCGAGUGUGGUUAAGCCUGAUGGGCAGAAAAAAUGAAGAAUGGAAAUGCUGCAAUAAUCGUGCAAUAUCAAAUUCUGGUUCACGAAAAUUCAUAUGCAAGAAAAAGUAUGUGAGUUGUACCGUUCAAAUAUUUAUUUCACUUAUAAUAAUGAAGAAGUAUAUAAUCAUUAAACCGAGCACAAGCGAAAAAUGACCGACGUAAAAUUUCAAUAUAAAACCGGGUAACUUAACGAUCAAAGGUUUAAUGUAUAAAAAAGCAUAAUAACUUUAAGGUCAUCAAACAUUAGAACUAAACUAACAUUAAUAUCAUUGCUAAAAUUCUAAGUAGUUUAAAAUAAAAUUAGAGGUAAUGAGUUGAAGUCACACAUAAUCUUUAUUUAAGACACAAUUAAUAGAUAAGUACACAUGAAAACUUCGGUUCAAAAUGGAAAUUUAAAGGUGUUUUGUAUAUGGACGAUUGCGUGACGAUUAAAUUACUAAACUUUAGUGACAAUAAUGGUGUGUAAAAAUUAAUUACUUUGUUUCUGAUCAACGAAUUGGGAAAUUCUCGCAACCUGACUUCUUGGAGCACUAUAUACGCUUAAGAAGUAGGCGACUCGCUGUGAUGAAUUAGAGCUGCAAUUUUGUGCCACAGCUAUUUGGUCACAUUAUAUGUAUUGGUUCUGAUAUCUCUCAUCGUAAAUUUCACUGUUUCUGUGACCUGGGUAAUUUAACGUGAUCUUUAUGUCAAUGCGCGCAACAUUUGAGUAGGUAGAUAAUUUAUGUUACGGGUUAAGUUCAAGUUCGAUAAAUGUAUUUCAAACACUGCAGCACACCCGCCCCAUUUAACUGCUAUUUCGCUUGCGGUAGCGCUUAAAUUAUUUUUGAAGAUUUACUUGAAGGUGCAUCCGUACAGUAUUCUGUAAACGCUAUACAACGAUUUUUAUUGACGGGACCAAGUCGGAUUAUUGCCUUGAACUUACUCUCUUUACUUAUCUUUAUCCAUAAUACUAUAAGUGCUAUGGUGUUCCUUUUUUGAACUUGCCAGUUGACCGUUUAAACUCCUUAAACUUUGCUCAACACAAUCGUACAUCUAAAAGCACUUCAUGUGCACUUAUUUUUAAUUGAAUAAAGUGAGAGCUCAGUCCGUAUUGAUUUACGGAGCAGGGAUGACCGAUAUAUUGCUUUACGAGUUACUAUGUAUUGACACAUUUUACUAAUACGCCAAUGUUUUUCCUGGUAUAUACAAUUUGAAGGCCGAUUCUCGGGCUUGCACCGUCCUGUUAUUCUGGCGUGCUGGCGGAGGCGGAGCGAGAAAACUAAAUUGUAAGGUGGCCUGAUGCCUUUAUUUUUGUUUCAAACUACGAAUACCUUGCAGCUGCAAGGUCAUUGAGGAAUAAAAUAUAUUUGAUUGAACGUCUUAUAAUCGUUUAAACUCUUUCUGGUUAUGGUAGCUGAGGUUCUAACAGAGCCUUGCCUCAUGCGUAGGAAAAUUCCGUACAAAUAGUAUUCUUAUGCUUUUCCUUAAAUGAUAAUUGUUAUACGUGUAAAAUAUACAUAAUUAAUCACUUAUAGUCAUUUUGUUCAGUUUGCAAGUAAAUAUGUUAAACGACCUGAAACUGCAAAAUUGUGUGCUGAAUUUACGCGCAAGUGGGGCUGAAUAUUUUGAAUUUUUGACGACUUUUUAUUUGGAAAAGAUGAAUUGAAGUUUAGAACGAUAAACAAAAAUUGUAUUCGUAGUACUUAAGUUAUAAUUGUUAGUAGUAGUUUGAUAGAAAUUGAGUUAGAAUAAAUGUAACAGAAUGAAUAGUGUUCUAGAAGCCAAAAUAAUUUGUCGUUUGCCUCAUUUCAAAGUUUUACUGGUUCGUCAUGCUACAUAUACCUACAGCCUCCAUUUUUUCGGACAACAGUACUAAUGCUUGCAAUAAUAAAUUUACA